GGAUACCUUAAAUCACUUGGUAUGGCACGUACAGCAGAAGUGAAACGUGAUGCACGCAUUGGUGAAGCUGAGGCUCGUUGUGAAGCAACAAUCAAGGAAGCUAUAGCUGAAGAGCAACGUAUGGCUUCUAGAUUCCUAAAUGAUACUGAGAUUGCCAAAGCACAACGUGACUUUGAAUUGAAAAAAGCCGCUUAUGAUGUUGAAGUUCAAACAAAGAAAGCUGAAGCUGAGAUGGCUUAUGAAUUGCAAGCUGCCAAGACUAAGCAACGCAUUAAGGAAGAGCAAAUGCAAGUGAAAGUUAUUGAACGUACACAAGAAAUAGCUGUACAAGAUCAAGAAAUUCAACGUCGCGAAAGGGAACUCGAAGCUACAAUACGACGCCCAGCAGAGGCAGAAAAAUAUCGCUUAGAAAAAUUAGCUGAAGCUAAUAAACUACGAGUAGUUAUGGAAGCUGAAGCAGAGGCAGAAUCUAUUAAAAUUCGAGGUGAAGCUGAAGCAUAUGCAAUUCAAUUGAAAGCAAAAGCUGAAGCUGAACAAAUGGCACAAAAGGCUGAAGCCUGGCGUGAAUACCGUGAGGCUGCUAUGGUUGAAAUGUUGUUGGACACUUUACCAAAGGUUGCUGCAGAAGUUGCUGCUCCAUUAUCACAAGCCAAAAAGAUUACUAUGGUAUCGAGUGGACAAGGUGAAAUUGGAGCUGCAAAACUCACUGGUGAAGUUUUGCAAAUUGUUAACAAAGUGCCAGAGUUGGUCAAGAACAUAACUGGCGUUGAUAUUGCUAGGUCCGUGCAUGCAGGUUAAACCAAUGAAAACGUUGAAUUUCAUUUACACAUAAAUGAAAAAAAGUCUUAACAAAAAGUCUUAUUCGGAAUUAAUUAAAAUGUGCAACUUAAAAAUAUACUAUAUGUAUACAAAAAAAAAAAAAAAAAAAUAAACAGAAAAGAAUCUAUAAAAUGUAAAGAACUUUAUAAAAUACUCAGCAACCAAAGCAACUAUUACUGAAUUGUACUGGAAUUGUCUGUAUUUACCAAUUUACUACAUUUACAAAAAGCAUAAAAAAAAAUAAUAUACAGAACUUAAAAGAUACAUAUAAAUCGAAUAAAAUAAAUAAAUUAAAUCAAAAAUAAAUAUUUUUAAUGGCAUUUUUACAUAGUACACAAAACAAUCCAUGCGCAAAGCAUUAAUUAAUAAUUAAUAAUUAAAAAUUACAAUGGAGAAAUGUACACAAACCAAAUAUAUACUUUUAUUAUACACGUAUAAAUAUUUAUAAAUGAAAUAUUUUCUAAUGUAUUUAUUAUAUAAAGAAAAACCAAUCAUUUUGUCGAGUUAACAUAAUAUGCUUUUUUUACUAAUAUAUAUAUGUAUGUACGCAUUUACAGUUUAAUUAUAAUUAAAUGUAUUGUACUAAAAAUUUACAUUGAACUUUGCUGCUUAGUUAUUGUGUUCUAAAAUUUUGUAUUGAAGUGUAUCGAAAUUUAGUUAUUGUAGUUCGAAAAAUUUAUUUAAAUAAAUGUUUGUUGAAAAACAAAACAUA